AUGACGCUCAAUGCCCUUCUUCACCCGCAUAAACUUGUUCCUAUCUCACCAACUUCAUUGCUAAGUAGCACACUAGCACUUGUUGUAUUCUGGGCUAUGCGUCAAGGUCGGCAACGACAAUUAAGCUGGACAAGUAUUCCGAAACCUCCUCGUGGUGAGCAAAAUCAGCUGAAUCGAUCAUCAAAUCUGACAAUACCUCGUGUCAAAUGCGUGGAAAAACGAUUGAAGGAAGGCUCAGCAGCGUUUUAUGAAUGGAUGGUCUCAUUAUCCUUACGAUUUCAUGGCAAGCCGUGGCUAUUGCAACGUUCAGGACGUCCCGACGUGAUGAUUUUAACCUCUCCAUUAGCUUUCGAGGAUAUUCAACGAACAUUUGCAAUGCAGUUUGACAAACUUGACAGCAAAGCAGAGGGUCUAGUGCACGACGUGCAUGGUAAAGCUAUUGUAGAAGUAGGUACUGAUAGCUUUCGUUCGUCUGCAAAGAUACAGCGUUGGCUUGCAACGAGUGUAGUGAGCUCACCUCUAUUAAGCAAACGAGUGACUGAAAUUGUGAAGCAGCACCUUCAAUGGCUUUUGAAGAAUCUUGACGACACGAAUCUUGACAGUAACGUCGUAUCAAAGCUGAUGCGACAAUUUGCAACGAAAGUGUUUAUAGAAUUGGGUUUUGGACUCCAAAAGACCAGUGAGUUUGAAGAUGCUCUUGAAGACAUUGAACGGUGUAUCGCUGAACGCAGAACUCGUCCUAUGAUUAUGUGGAAGCUCGAGCGACUCUUCAAUGUCGGCAGUGAAGCUGCACUUCGUCACAGCGUCGAUGUUUUGAGUGCUAUCACGUCAGAUGCUGUUAAUGCAAAGAAGAGGAAUCACGGCACACGUAUUCGUAAUCAAUGUGAGUGUAUUCUCGAUAUCUUAAGUCAGAAAUGCAGCAGCAAGCUUUCAAAAGAUGCGAACUUUUUAGCAAAUUAUGUGCUAAGUCUAGUGGUAGCAGCAAGAGAUUCGACUGCACAGACAUUGACAAAGUGUCUAGAAUGUCUCACACAUCAUGUUGAGGAGCAAGACAAGAUUCGUAUCGACCUUAACGUUGCAAGAGAAAAGUGUCAAGAUGUACAUUCCGUCGUGCGUCUUGAUGCAGUAGUGAAAGAGACACUACGUUUGUAUCCUGUCUAUCCAUUCAUUCGACGUCGAGCUACAUGUGAUACAGUGCUUAGUGAUGGUACAUUUGUUGCAAAGGGAAUGGAAGUAAUGAUGGAUCUAUACACGAUGGCUCGACGAGAAGAUGUUUGGGGUUCGGAUUGUGCAGAGUUUCGACCUCAACGUUGGAUCGACAGAACAAGUGGGAAAUUGCGUCCUGUCUCCAGCUACAAGUUUAAUGCUUUCUUAGGAGGUCCACGUUCUUGUGUGGGUGGUAACAUCGCAUUAAAAGAGAUCAAGACUGUCCUUGCGUCCAUAUAUUUGUGUCGACCAAAUUUUCUUAACGAAAUUCUAGCCAUGAAUUCAACGUACGUCUCAGAUGAUGGGAGCUCAACGGAAAGCCAAGACAAUUUUCUUUAUGAAGAAAUAGACAUCAAGCGUGAACCACUUGUUGAAGAGUUUACUACCGCUGCAUUGCCUACUAUUAACACUAAAGUUCCAGUCAUUGAGACGUUGCCUAUUGUUAAGACUGAAGUUCCAAAUGUUGAGACUUUGCCUAGUGUUAAAACAGAAGUUCCAGUCGUUGAGUCUGCAGGCGACAUCAAUCAUGAUAAUCUCAAGCGUGACAUCAAAUCUGAGCUUAUCAAUACCACAACAAAGCGCUGCAGUACGUCUGGCUAUCCUCUUCUCAUUGAGACUCAAGCCGAAAUGCUGGAUUGUAAAAGCUGUCUCGGAAUGCUGCCAAGAUCUAGCUUUUCAAAAUCUCAGCGAAAAAACAAAAAGGCUGCUAGUCGCAAGUGUCACGUGUGCACUGGAAAUGUGAUACGUGGUCCAAAAUCAUUAGAGAGAGCUAUACGAAAGAAAUUAAAAGUCUUGUCAAGUACUUCUCGACUUUCAACGUCAAAGAAACAGAAACAAGAGACGUAUGCUGUAUUUGUGAACCAAGUAGGAAGAUUAAAAAUGGCGAAACGAGCGUUGCUGAGAAAGCGAUCUGAAGUCUCCAAGUUGAAAGCGACGAAGAGACGAGAGGAAUAUGAACAACAGUUAGAUAAAGAAGCAAAGGAUCUGGAGCGACGAACGGUAUUACUGAAGUGUGAGAAUCCGUCGGCUUUUGAAUCGCUCAUGAGUGAAUUGAUGAUCAAGAAACCAAGUGGAGAAAAGAAUAAAAGGAAGAGCAAAUCAAAGAAAGAAACGAGGUCCGUGAAGCGGAAAACAGAGGCUCAAAGCAAACAGACGGAAAAGAGACGGAAGACAUUAAUUGCUGAUUCAUCGACGUAUGUACCACCUGCAACUUCUAUAGAAACUCAUCCGAUACGAGUGAUUCCAACACGAUCAAAAGCAAAAACAACGAAAGCUUCUGAUGGUGCCACGGAAGAUUGCGUGAACUUUGCUUUUUCUGAAGACUUCGACAAGAACUAG